AUGCCACUGCAGCAAUCACAUAAUGAACAUUUAACCGAAUCACUUGCGUCGAAUGCUGAAUGGGUUCAUGAAAAAUCAGCACAAGUUGAAAUAAAAUCAUAUCAUGGACAUACGAAACCAAUAAAAACAUGUCAAUUGAUUGAAAAUCAAAAUUGGAUUCUAACAGGAUCAAAUGAUAAUACAGCUCGUUUAUGGAAUUUCAACAGUGGCGAAGAAAUUCAUAGAUAUGAACUUAAUCACGAUAUGGCAUCUAUAUCAGGCGUAAGAAUCAAUCAUGACCAUACUCGUUUAUAUUCAUCAAGUUGGGAUAAAACUAUUCAUUGUUUUGAUAUAGAAACUGGUAAACAAAUCUGGAAAGGUGCUCAAGACCAUAUGAUUACAAGCUGUCAUAUAUCACAUGAUGGCAAUAGUUUAUGUUCAGGUUCUGAUCUCGAUGGUAUCGUAACUAUAUGGGAUAGUAAGAAUGGUCUUAUCAAAACCUGUAUUCAUGAUUUACAUGAAUCAACUAUAACAAGUUGUCAAUUUAAUGCUACAGAUAAUCGAAUAGUAUCAACAUCAUCAGAUAAAACAACAAAAGUUUUUGAUCUUAUUUCUCAUCGUCAUACAAUGACAUUAAGAGGUCAUAAAAGUGUUGUAUCCAACUGUACAUUCAAUCAGUAUGAACAUUUAUAUGCAACAUGUUCAUGGGAUCGAACUGUUCUUUUAUAUGAUAUUGCAGCAGGACGUUUUCGACAUGAAGGACCGUUAACAUUACCUAAAUUACAUCAAGGCUCGAUCUCAACAUGCCACAUGUCAAUGGAUGGCAAAAUUCUUGUCACUGGAGGUUAUGAUUUAAGAAUUAUUAUUUGGGACCUAGAAAAUAUGACAUAUAAACUUGUUUUGAAUGGACAUCGAGAUUGGGUUAAUGAUGUAUGUUUAACAAGUGAUAAUAAAUGGAUUAUUUCAGUAUCAAAUGAUUGUAAUAUUCGAUUAUGGCAUAUUGCAAAUUGUGAUGAAAUAAAGCAAGCUAUGGAAAAACGUACAAAAUUAAAAAGUAUCAAAAUUGCGAAUUGUUUCAAAUGUGGAAAAAUACUUUCAAUCUAUAAAUUAAAAUAUGAUCAUUUGUUAGAAAUAUAUUUAUGUGUAUUUUGUUAUUACGAACAAAACAAUUCUAAAUGA